AUGAACAUCCAUCAAUUUGUUGGCCCACCUAUCGGAGGUACAGCUUCGGGAAAAAACCGCCAGCGGGCAGCGAAAGCUUGCUUAUCGUGCGCUGAGUCGAAACUGCGUUGUGAAGGAGAUAAACCAUGCAGGCGGUGUGAGCAACGAGGUUUGCCCUGCCGUUUCCCUAGAAAAUCCCACCCAGGGCUGAGCACGCGUCGGAAAGCAUCAUGCUCAAUCGACAAGUCCCAACUUGCCACACUUCCUGCCGAAAUAGUUGUGUUUUCAGGCUCAACUAAUCACGAAUUUCAGUCAGCAUUCACGCCGUCUGUAAAUCGUAUCGAAAACGAUAGCCACUCAAUCCCUGGUUCAAUCAACACCAUAGACCCUACAGAACUGCAAGUGCCUUCUGGAAAGAUUAGCGCAGGUUCCGCAAUCGGAGAAGAGAACAGCAUACUCGGUCCAAACACUGUUCAACUUCAGCAACCUUCUUCUACUGAUUUCUCUGCUGAAACGAGCUGUUUGGGCUUGCUGGACGCUCCUGGCGACGAGCUAGGAUGGUCGUGGGAUGCUUUAAAUCUGGACAUCCUCGAUUUUGGCUCCUUGGAAACCCAGCCUUUAUCCGCAGUGCCACCAGAGAGGGACGACAUGUCAGAAGCUGACCGAAAUCUUUCCAUGGGCGAGAGCGCAUACAAGCAAUCAUUUCUGCUCUGGACGCCAAGGGAAGGCGAAGGCUGGUCUGCUAAAAUCGCAGAUCUCCUUCUCGCUCUAGACGAAAUGAUGUCUGCUUCCGUAUCUGCUGAUCUCCAACAGCAUACUCUCGUGCACCUCCAGCCAUCAACGCGAUAUCGCAUCCUCAGCUUGGUUUUGUCUUUUACAGACUCUGCGGACCACUGCCGCCUUCUCUCAUCCUUUCCAUCUAUCAGAGUGCUGGAAUACCUACUGUCCAUGGAACUUGCCGAACAAAGCCGGGAAGCCGAUUGCUGGCUUCAUGUUCCCAGCUUUGACCCAAACACGGCCUCCAUGGAAUUAGUCAUUGGCCUCAUCGCUGCUGGGGCUUUCCGGUCAGAUAGUGCUGUAUUUCUGAAAUUUGCUCUUGCUUUACACGAGCUUCAUCGAGAGCUGAUCGCUUAUUUUCAGGGCGACCCCCGCAAUAUUCGAAUGCUUGGCCCGGUCCAGUCUUUCAUGCUUUUGAUUCAAGCCGGACUGCAGAGUGGGGAUAGUCGGCGAAUCGAGAUCAGUGAGGGCAUGUUCAGUAUGCCGAUUACUAUGAUAAGGAGGGGAGAUUUUUUACGGCUUCCGUAUCCCGAAGGCAUUUCACCGGAGUUGCGCGACAACAACCUUGAUUUGAAAAAGAAAUGGUUUGCAUGGGUUGAACAUGAAUCUAAAAAAAGACUUGUUUUACAUUUGCUCAUACUCAGCACUCAGCACUCGAUGGUAUCCCUGACACCGCCCCCAUUGACAGGCACCGAGAUGCAUAAUGGUCUCCCAGCAGCGCUAGAGCUUUGGAAAGCGCCCUCAGCCGAGGCAUGGCGGGUAACCUGGCUCAAGCUUGGUCCUUCACCGCAAUUGUCAAUACGCGCUUGUAUCGAGGAUCCUAGCAAUCUGUCUUCCCUUGGAAACUCUGUGGAUAUUAGAUACACAGCUAUAGUGGUCCUCAGUGGGUUAUGGUCAAAUACAUGGCAGUACAAGGAGCGCUUGAAGGCCUGUGGCAUAACACCAGGUGCCACACAAAACACGCGCACAUUCAGCACUCAAGCACUCUACCAAGAAGCACGAGAAUCAUUAGAAUCAUUUGCGACCACGCACAUGCAUUGGCUUGGUCCGAUGGAUCCUUGGCUUGCCGUUCUACACGAGCGGCAGCUCAUGUAUCUUCACGUUUCUCUCGAAGACCUGCAAUUGCUCGGCGGUAAGGAUGGUGAACACGAAGCACGCCGCGUCUUUCCACAACUUAAAGAGUGGGCUCAAAGUCGGUCUUGUCGACAAGCCAUGUGGCAUGCUGGUCAGAUCCUGCGGGAAGCACGUGGAAACGGGGAUUCCACCUUGAAAGUGUCGACAGUUCUCGGAAUCUAUCACGCCAGCCUUAUUUUGUGGUCAUACUCAAUUAUUUCCAAAGCACAACUUUCGAACAGCCCUGCAGAUCAAAAUCCACAACUGAAGCUUGGAUGCCCUGUGACAUCGUCCAAGGAGACAGAGAUAGUGUUAGACGGCUACCAUACCCCAUUGGUGCAACAUUUUCUAGCAUCGGGGGUUGGAAAACCCUGCAUAACGCAAGGUCGACAAGGAACGGACAAUAUGGAGCAUUUGACUAUUGAAGUCAUAUGUCAGCCUGAGACUAUGGCUGUAUUCCAGGAUCUGUUACGUGAAAAGUAUAUGAUUGACUAUCGAGAUUGUCCCAACCUAGUCGGUAACCUUGUGCACCUUAUUGGAAAGCUCGGUCAGGCUGCAGAGUUGGUGCAACGUCGGCAAUUUUAGUGCAUGCAGACUUGGAGCAUACA